CAAAACACAUCCUCACCUCACCGUGGCAGCUUGUUUUGGUUUAUGGGACUUCUCCCUAGAAGCUCAAGGGUCCUGGCAAACGUGGUGAAGCGGUUCGUAAAAUCCAAGAGGCACCCAGGGAGUUUUCUUUAUUUGGAUUAUCAUCAGUUUUGCGUGUGAGGGUGCCCGGAGGAAUGGGAGCCGCGACGAGUACCGAUGGGGAGAGGGAACCACUUUUACAGCCGGCGCUUUCGGAGAGACUCGCGCGCCCCGUCCACAGCAGGGUGUACAGCAGAAGAUGGCUGGUUUUGGCUCUCUUCUCGUUUCUGGGCUUCAUGCAGGGCAUGGUAUGGAAUACGUGGGGUCCCAUCCAGAACUCUGCCAAGAGCGCCUACGGAUUCACCAACAUGGACGUCGCCUGGCUGGUCCUGUGGGGUCCCAUCGGGUACAUUCCCUGGCUCUUCUUCAUGUGGAUGAUGGACAAAAAGGGACUGCGGGUCACGAUGCUGCUGUCUGCCUUCUUUAUGGUCCUUGGGACGGGGCUGCGCAGUUUACCACUCGCUGAUGUUGUAGUCAAGAAAUGGUUGAUUCAUGCUGGACAGCUUCUGAAUGGCUUGGCAGGACCAACAGUGAUGAGUGCACCUCCAUUGCUCUCUACGACUUGGUUUGCUCCAGAUCAGCGGGCCACAGCUACUGCCGUGGCCUGUCUUCUCAAUUACCUGGGAUCGGCUUGCUCAUUUCUUAUUGGGCCCCUGAUAGUGCCCGCUCCCAAUGGCACCACGUUGCUUAAUGGUUUUGUGGACAAACAUGUUGACCAUAUAAGAGAUCGCAUCCAGAUUGUUCUUUACGCAGAAUUUGGCUUUGUGUCCUUGCUGUUUGCUGCUGUGGUGGCUUAUUUCCCAUCUCGACCUCCAUUACCACCUAGCAUAGCAGCUGCCAGCCAGAGGCUCAGCUAUAGAAGCAGUAUCUGUCGACUCCUCAGCAACUUCCGUUUUCUUAUGAUCGCCUUGGCUUAUUCGGUUCCACUUGGAAUGUGUGCAGGCUGGUCUGGGGUGCUGGAUAUGAUUUUAACACCUUUUCAUGUUAGCCAGGUGGAUGCUGGUUGGAUCGGCUUCUGGUCUAUUGUUGGGGGCUGUGUGGGAGGAAUAGCAAUGGCAAGGUUUGCCGAUUCUAUCCGAGGUGUCCUGAAGCUUAUUUUGCUUCUAAUGUUCGCUGGAGCCACUCUGGCAUCUGCAUGGUUUAGUCUCACCUGCCUGUCGAAUGUCACACACCUGCCUUUAACUACAGCCACACUGUUCACGUCUUGUAUUUUAGUGGGCAUUUUCCUCAACAGCAGCGUGCCAAUAUUUUUUGAACUCUUCGUUGAAACAGUGUAUCCUGUGCCAGAGGGCAUCACCUGCGGCGUUGUCACUUUUUUAAGCAACCUCUUCAUGGGCUUGUUGCUCUUCUUUUUAACAUUUUAUCACACAGACUUGUCCUGGCUGAACUGGUGCCUGACAGGGUCCUGCAUCUUCGGCCUGCUCCUCAUCCUCCUCUUCAGGGAGUCCUAUGACCGCCUCUAUCUCGACGUCUUCAUCUCCAUUUAGGGGCUCGGGCUGCACUUGAGUUGUGCGACUGGAAUCCUCUCGGCACGUCUUGCACAAUUUUGAGAGAAGAGGAGCCGAGUUGCUCGCCGCUCCUUUUCUUUUGAUACAAAUGUCUGUCGUUGUUUAGUUUUCAUGUCGUUCUCCUCGGGAGCGGCGCAGAGGGCAGCCCUCUCUGUGUUUGUUCGGAUUCUUUUCACGAGUUUCUUUUUUACGAUGACCCUUUUUUUAAAAGGAGAUUCAAUGAACCACACGCUGCUGCAGGAAGGGAAGUAAGUAAGCACGUCGUAAUACUGUAAAUCGGGGAGCGUGAAGCGUGCCAAAGCGCAUCGAUACUUUGGACACUUUGAAUGGCACACGUCAUGUCUGCUGCCGUCGGGCACCGAGGUUGGCGUGUCAUGUGUGAGGCCGCUACGUGUUAAUAUUCACCGCCUGGAGGAUUCGUAUUGAUUCAGUUCAAAUGUGGCCUAAGCGCCGUAAGCCUCUCCAGUCGCGCCCCCAGGAGGCUUCUGAGCCACACAGAAAUCCCCUGGCAUCACUUUGGGCGAUUAGUGGUCCUGGUAACUGAGGCUAUGCGAGCAGCUGGGGAAUUUGUCACUUUAGAAAAGCUCCUCCGUAAUGCCUUCCCUCGCAGCGGGACCCUAAUUGAUGAGCAAAACAAAGGACACGACAUCAAAAGGAGGGAACAACCGUCUCCUUAAACGCCGCUGGAAACUUCCAAUGGCCUUCUGAGCUCCCAAAUGGGUGACCUGCAAGGGCCGUCUAGGUGUGUGGCAGACUGGCGAGUCAUUAUUGUGACUGGCUGAUUUAUGGUCUCGGCCAGAGUCCCGUCGUCCUCACAUCUACAGCUACUGACUUGUUUUAUGGCAGGAUGACGUGUGGCGGUGCCGUGCAGAGGUCCUCUCAGAAAUAAUAACCACGUCGGGGGGCUCCGCCAGUGGCAUGCAGUUUCUGAAGGCCCUCGCGUGUCUCUCGUCCACUGCCACAGCAGACACACCUGGCGACGUUUCCAGCGAUUUUCAGUCAUUGACUUCGUUUACGUAACCGCAGCGGCCCCCUCUCACGUGACCAUUGGACGUCCCCAGCGACUCGCCGACAACCAAUGAGCACUCAGCCUGAAGUACAACGAACACUACGACAACGAGGAGUAAGAAACACGGGGGCUUUGGACCCCACGACCAGAGGAGAAGCUCGUCAGUCUGAUGUCUCGCGUUUUACAUUCCUCGACUAAAAGGGGCUGAGACUGCGGCCGAACCCACCAUACUGGUUAACCCUUCGUGCAGCACUGGCUCUGUCAGAAAAUGGGGGCGGCACACACGUGUAAACUGACUAACAUGCCAAACAACUAGAACUUCACUUUUAAUGCUACAGUGGCCUGAAGAAGUGCAGAUCAGGACCCUGUGGUGGCCAUGCCAUGUUCUGCAGGAUCCCCUGUUCCUCUUUUGAUGUUUGGGGUCAUGAAGUUGGCACCUCUCUGAUAUUGCGUGACCUUCUCAGCAUUCAGGUGGGCAUCAGUUUUGGUCAAAUCGCCCACUCAGACCUGCCUUAGUCCUGUGGUGGACAAACUCCUCGGUCCAGAACACCUGCUGCCAUCUUCCUGCGUUUUAUUUGUAUGCCAGAGGAAUGGCAGCUCUUCCAUGUGGACCUCUUCUGAUUAAGGCUUCUCUGCACUGGAGGUGGUGUCCCAGCGUUUUUUGCCCAUCUUCUGAGUAACCUCGAUGUUCUUUCUGGUUUUGCUGUGGCUGCCCGCUGCAUUUCCAAUCCUUGACCUCCUCAGUAUUUGCUUGGGCUGCACAUCUGGAAACAGCUGCCUGCCAAUGGAAGACCUCGAAGGUGCAGGAUGAGCCCCUUUUUGACUUGUCUUUCCACAUCUGACCAGCCUUCCCCAUUUAGUCUGGUGGACCCCUGGCCAGUUUUGUUCCCUCUGCUUGAUAGUUUGACAUCGCUGACCUUCAUCAAGCUCUGGGCCGUAUGCCGGCAGGGCUCUCGUGUGUCUGAAGUGGAGUUCAAGUUCUUGAGUUUCCUUCUCUGAGGACCUUCUGGUGUCGUCUUGUCCGGCUUUGCUUUCUGCAUAAGGAAUGUCGCAGACUCGCCUUUCUAAUCCCGAGGACACCAGAUGGCCAUCUGAAGCCCGCAUCACAUGAUACGACGACAAGCUGGGGAGCGGAUGUCCAACUCGAUGAGUGCAGUCGCCGAUCUCCUCGCCCGAGGACGUCACAAACUGCAGGGGAUGACAAAUGACACGACGUCCUGGCGUGUGGCCUGAUGGAGCAAAGGGUUUGAUUUUUGUCGUCGUACUAGAAACGCGUGACGUCAGCCCAGCGAGCUUCUCUUCUGCUUGUGAGGACCAAACGGCGGCGUUUCUUACUCCUCAUCGCUGAGCGCCCUUUGGUUCUCAGGACCCACACGAAUGAAGACGUGUCGCCGAUGAUGUCAGACUACACGACUGCCGGCCGUGGCGAUGCACCACGACUGGCUCUGAGUGGCCGAGAUCAUCUGAUGACUUGACACGCGUCGGUACUCGUGAAGGCCCAGAAGAGGACGUUAACAGUCGGCGUGAUCUUCUCGUCAGGCCGCUCAUUUCAGGCACAUCGACUGCCAAGGGAAAAAUUCCUUCUAAUUUAUGAACACUUGACUAGCGUUUGACAUUUAAUAUUCAAACGGGACGUCCCUGUAUAUUUUUAUAGACACUUGCGAAUGUUGUUAACAUUUUUAAAGUUUAAUGAAUUUGUGAUAUUAAUGAUAGUCUUUUAGCGAUGUGGAACGUGAAAUAUAAAAAGAGCCACCCUUGUGGCAUCAGACGUGUGGGACACGCGCUGGCGGCCCUCUGACUUGACGCGGCAUUGUGGACGUGCAAUAUGACGGGCAGUGGCGCCCCCUUGUGGGCCGUGACGGCGAGAGUCGCUCAUACGCGUCGCCGCACUCUGAGUGUGUAAAUUAUGAAAAUGAGAGCUCAGACUGGCACCACACACCUUUGUGUUUUAUAGAACUCGACGGGUGGCACGACGACUGGCACCGUCACUCGUGUGUUUCUGCAGCGUGCGCUGGGCACGUCUUCUUAUUUAAUUCUUUUUAAUAUUCCUGUUGGGUUGCUGCUAAUUUCUUUUUCAGGGUGUGUUUAUCGUCUGUGUGUGAACUCCACAUACCUCGCCAUUAUGCCAUGUAGAGACUGUCCCGCUCGAGGGUCUCGUCGUCGGCUCUCAGCUGCCCCCCUCACUCGUCUGAACUCCUCCAGCGGCCGGGUGGUGGUGGUGGUGGUGGUGGUGGUUUUAUUAUUUUUAAUUUCAUUUCACUUUCAGCUGCUAAAACCUUUGGGUCUUCGAGCUUCAAUUAUGAACUACGUGUCUUUUUAUUUAAUUUUUUUUUGUAUAUUUUUACACAAGUUCUCAAAAUAAAAUGACUGGAAACCGAAUUCUGGGUGUUCAGGUCAGACGUGCAGUG